AGUGUGGAUGCACAUAUAGCCCUCUGACAGUCUCUUCUGCUUGAGAUAAGAGGAAGAGAAAGAGCGAGAAAGCUGGGUGUCCAGUAUAAAAGCGAAGCCUGGCUUCAGUCAAGAGCAAAGAGUUACAUAGGCUGGAUUUCUGUUGGCAGAGGAACUGUGCAGAUAUGACGCCCUCGAUGGAGGGCAUGCCCUCCCUUAUCGAGAAGACCAUGAAUAUGCGGAGGGAUGAACAGGCACGACAGGUGGUUCUGGCAUGGGCUGUGCUGAAUAUUUCUCUGGCUGGAAUGAUCUACACUGAGAUGUCUGGACAGCUUCUUAGCAGAUACUACAACAUAAACCAUUGGUUGAUCUGGUAUAUCGAGCUCGGCCUUGCCUCCCUGUUCAGCCUUAAUGCACUUUUUGACUUCUGGAAGUACUUCAAAUACACCAUGGCCCCCUCCACGAUCGCUGUCUCGCCAGAGCAGCAUCGACUUCUUGGGCUCUCAGUCUCAGGGAUCCAGGCCUCUCCACCGCCGAAACAAGAGAAGAAGGAAGCUCCUGUCUCGGUCCAAUCCUCGCCUCUGCAGGGACAGAAUGUUCUUAGUUUUAGUCCUGCAAGACCCUCCAGCACCAGCCCCAAGUUUCCCCCCAGCUGUAUUUCUGGAUACAGUCCAUCGUUGAGCAGCCCAUCCUCAGCAGGGGGAACUUUUUCACCUUCCAUGGCUUUUGGCAAGGUGAUGAACUACAGCCCAUCUCCAAGCUCCUCUCCCUACCCAAGUAACGUCGGACCAGUGGAGGGCUCCAGUCUCCGUGCGCGGUACCGCACAUCUCCGUCUGUCUUCAGUUCGCCUGGAGGUAAAGAGGAUUACAUUGAUAAUUUGAAGUCUUUGGAAAAGUUUCUACGCUCAGAAGAGGAGAAAAGUCAUCGUAGUCAACUGGGAAGUCCUGAGUCAACAUCUCCAAGACACAGUCCAACCUUCUGGAACUACAGUCGUUCGGUGGGGGAUUACGCACAGAGCCUGAGAAAAUUUCAGUACCAGCCCGCCUGCCGUUCACAAGCCCCUUCUGCCCAUAAAGACGACACAGAGCUGGGGUCCAAACAGGCUGUGGAAGAAGUGUGGGGAAGAAUCACAACCAGCCGUGCAGUAACUGAAAGUAUUGACAGCUGGACUGCUAAACUGAGAAACUGGAUAAACGACACCAUUCUGGUACAUCUGGUGAAAGAGAUCGACUCUAUCAACAGUCAGCUGAGAAGAAUGGGUUGUCCUGAGCUUCAGAUUGGGGAGGCCAGCAUCAGCAGUCUCAAACAAGCUGCUGUGGUCAAAGCUUCUGCGAUCCCCACCCUCAAUGCCAUCGUUCAAUAUUUGGACAUCACAGCUAAUCAAGAGUAUCUUGUGGACAGAAUCAAAGAAUUGGCCCACAGCGGCUGCAUGAGCUCUUUCCGCUGGAAUGGAGGAGGAGAUUUGAAAAACCGAAAAUGGGACACUGAUCUUCCAACAGACUCUGCUAUUCUGAUGCACUUGCUGUGUACAUAUCUGGACUCCAGACUCCCUCCACAUCCUAAAUAUCCUGAUGGGAAGACCUUUACAUCACAACAUUUUAUACAGACACCAGAUAAACCAGAUAUGUCCAAUGAGAACCUCUUCUGCAUCCAUCAAAGCAGCACAAACCCCCCUCAUUAUCAGCUCGUUUAUCAAGGUCACAUCUACAGCUUACCAAAGGGCAGAAAUAACUUGUUUCAUACCAUCCUCAUGUUUCUCUACAUUAUUAAAACUAAGGAGUCUGGCAUGCUGGGGAGAGUGAAUCUUGGCCUAUCAGGGGUGAACAUACUUUGGAUCUUUGGUGACUGAGAUUGUGAUGUUAAAACAUGGCAAAACAAGAGCCAUAUGAAUUUCACUGCAUUGUAUUGUACGCCUUGCAACCUGAAUGCACAUACAAAUGAAGCACAGAAAAUGUUUUUAGCUGUACAAGAAUGUUUUAAAUGGCUUGAAACCGUGCCAAAACGGGUCUUGUUCCCUCUGUAUUUUGUACGCCAUAGUUUUUGUAUCUCGUUUGUCAUACAAGCUUAAUAUCCAAAGUUCUUUUGAUUUCGAUUUGAAUUUAGAACAAUGUAGUUUUAUAUGAACGCAAAUUCAUUAAUCGGGUUAUCUGGGGUUUGGAUGGGCACAGCAGGAUUUACUUGUACUGCAUUUUAAUGUGAAAACAGUAAAACAAUGGUUUCUUGCACUAAAAGAAAAAAUAUUACUUUUCCUUUUUUCUUUACCAUAAGUCUGUGCUCCGCACAAGUACGUGUAAGCACCUGUUACACAUCCAUAACUAUCCUUAUGAAGGACAGAAAUCUGAAAACACUGUUUUUUGAACACUGUUACUCCUAACGCCCUUCCCGAGGCAUUUUAUUUUAUGUUGUUAGCAUUUUGUAUUGUGCCUGAAAGUAAUCUUAAAACCCUGGACUAAGCCCGCUCUUGUCUUUGUAUUUAAAAUAAAUAAAGGCUUAAAUUGUUCUUGAA